AUGGCUCCUGUCGCUCUAGAAUCAGAGCCAAGGUAUUUACCCUUGGUUCUGGCGGGAUCGCAUAUCGCAGCCUCUCUCUAUCUUACUUACAUCAUCGGCCUGGCCCUCUACCGAUCGUAUGCCCAACUGGGCCCAGCCCAAGACACGCGUGGCCGGAUAUCGCAACGACAAAAGCUGGUGACGGCUUUCGGCAGUCUUUCACUUCUCAGUCUAGGCUCAGCCAUCAACUCGGGCUUGGAUUAUCUGACCCUCUCAUACAAAGUAUGGGCAUCCGAACGUGGCAUCCCUCUUUUGCAAACACUAUCUGGCGGCUUCAGCCUCGAGAACUUCACACUCGACCAUGUCCGCGCCUGGCUGAAUGACACACCGCUCUACCUCGAUGCUCUGGAAAUUGUUGCAGAAAAGGCUAGGAGGCUGUGGUGGGGACAACAGCUUGAUCUUGCUACAGUCUCCUGGACCAUGUUGCUGGCAGCCGAAGGACGCCGGAGAAAGAUCCCGUUCCUCUGGGCGUACGCACUGCUCGCGCAUUUGGUCAACCUCUCCUUUGCGCAGAACCUGUUCUACGUCGCUAUGCUUCUGACGCCUGCACCCAUUGAUAAUACCCACAAGUCGAGUCUCUCGAAGCUCCUCGCUCGCGCGUUCCCACCGAAGCCAACCAACUGGUCCCCGAGGCCCGCCUUCUUCCACGUCCUCCUCGUUCUCAACUACCUAGUUAUGCUCUGGGUGCCUCGGACCGCAGGAGGCGCCAACUUCCCCUCAGCCGUUGCGAUUUCCAAGGCCUUGUCCCUCUCACCCCUGAUUCUGCCAGCCAUCAUUCCGAAGUCAUGGGGAAAGAUCCAUACCGAGCCACACGACAGCUACCGUUCCCUCACCAAGCUCUUCAACCUCAUGUCCGUUGCCAGUCUGCUUUUGCACGGCAAGACCUCCAUCGCCGGUCUUUGGUACAACCUCCCUGGCUCAUACAAGCACCGGCACAGCGUCCGAAUCCCCUUCGACAUCGAAAAGCGAUCCGCCUGGGAGCGCAGCACGACCGCCAUGGAAAAGAUUUUGGGUUCGAUGACAGAUCACCCAGCUGUCGCAGCCGCCGGCAAGGACGUUCUCCUGUGCGCUUUCAGUCUCGGUAUCUGGGCCGCGGUCCGCGCCUUGGACGUGGACCACAUGCUCAGGUCUGUAGCACCCUUUUACGGGAAGAAGUCCGAAAAGAAGGCGCUUCCUCCUUCCUACCCAAACGUCGCGGAGAUGGGCAUCACAGAACCCUCCGAGACGAUUCCUGAAAACGAACUAUCGCGCCCAAGUUCGUCCUCAGGCUUGACCAUGAAGCUUAGGGACCGUGGCAAGCAUGUUAGUUCGAAGCUCGCCGAGGCUCUUACUGCCAAUGGUAGUGCAGAAACCAGCCCGAAUCAGGCACCGAGAAGACGCCCAGGAAGGCCACGCAAGAUCAAGCAGGAACCGACGCCGGAGCCGGAGCUGGGAACCAUUGACGAGGUGGCUGGUGCACCCGAUGCAGUUGGUGGUUCUACUUAUGAGCCUACACCGGCGGUUAAGGCGCAAGUUGUCGAAAGGGAUGUGUUGCCGGAUGAUGAGUUUGAUUGGGAGUCGGCGGCUCUUGCGUGGGGGUUGACGGCGCUGGGAGGUCUGGGAGCUGGGUCUUCAGCUGUUUAUGGGGCCGAGUGCGUUUCUCGUUGA